AUGGCCGAGAUUACGACAUUAGACGCCCUCCAGGCCCUCCACCGCGAGCUGUUGACGCUGAGCAGCGGUGGUGGCAGCAGCUCCGACAACUUGAGCAAUGAACUUCUUUUUGAAAUCUUUGAGAAAGAGCUGGAGAGGCUAUGGGAGCGCCCGAAGAAGAACGAAAAGAGCCGCAGCGCGGUGAAGAGCGGCAAGGUUUCAAUUGACGGCAACGAGUACUCAUUGAACGACAGAUUUCAACAAGAUGUUUUUGCCAUUUCAGACGAAAUCGACUUGGACGAGCUGGACGCUGUCAGAUACCUCCUCGAUUCGCAAGAUGAUGUCUCCGUGCUGGGACGAUCGCUCCUCGAAUGUGCCGUGAUUCGAUUCCACCAACAACGAAAAUACGUGUUGGACUCGUUUAGGCUGUUUUUGGAGUUGAACAACAUGGAUUAUGAUGGAGAAGAGCCGAACGCGUUAGAGACCAUCAAAGUCUAUGUCGAUACCCGUGUACUACGAAGAACCUCCGACGCCUCGAAGCGUCUUGCGCCGAGAUGUUUACGCGCGAUGGCGGAAAUCAAACUGUGGCUACAAAAGCUAGGAGAAAAAAUAACAGCUGCUCAGACCCUAGGCAACGCGCCUGCAGAUGAGCUGCCGGAGGAACUGGAAACCGUGGAAUUUUCUCGCGUGAGCCUGGUUCAGCAGCAUGAGGCCCUGGGCGUCAUCCUAUGCGAAUGUAUCGAUAAAGGACAAGCCGAAACACCAGAUUUCCUCGAAUUUAUCUCCGUAUUGAAGAGAUGGGACAAAUAUGACACGCUAUUAGUUCAUUAUGUCCCGGCAAUCGGUGCCUAUAUGUCUGUUUUCGCGUCAUCUGAGGGAGGCUAUGACCUAAGGCAGGGCAGAGAGAUUAAUAGAAAAAUAUUCCCUCCGGCAGAUGACUCGACUUGGCCGCUUCCCUUUUUACAUGCAACAGUUCGCGCAUGGUGGCUUGCAGAAUACAGUGGAUGGUAUCUGGAUGAUCCUCCCGAGUCUGCCAUACCGCCAGGCACUGAUUUGGAUGAAGAGGAUCGUCAGAGGUCAAAGCAGUUCAUAGAUUCCCUCAAAGAUGGCGCGUUUGAUUUCUUGCUCUCGGUAGCUGGAGACAUCCGAUCCCCAGACUGGCAUGAUUCCGUCCGGGCUGGUAUGCGCAAGUGGUUACAAAGGAAAUCGUCACCUCUAGUCUCUGAAAGAACCCAGUUCUCAAGCUUCUUCCAGCUGUGUUUCAUGUCACAGCUAGAGGUUUUUGUCGAUGCCUUUAUAACCAACUUACCUGAUGUUCUCCGAAAACUCAGAGUGGAAGAAGAUGAGCAACGCCAGCUCAGUCAGACACAUGAGCAAGAUUUGGAUUUGGAGAGAUUCCUACUGAUUAUUGCAUACGCCUACGAAGGACGACCCGAAGCGUCUACAAACUUUUGGCAAGAUCCAGACAGCAAUCUUGCUGGAUUCAUGCAUUGGGCUUCUAGAAGAGCUUCGACGCCCCUAGUUGCAGCGUUUUGCGAGAUGCUUCAAGCCAUCUCCGUGAACGACGAAUGUGCAACCGCUGCACAUGAGUUCCUUUUAGAUGAAGGCCACCAUUCAUCAGGAAAGAUGAGAAGGACACAGUCCCUGACCUGGACUCAAAUAUUUAAAGAGCUUGACUUCUUCUCAGAAAAGAUAAAACAGAAGCCUGCUCCAACACAAGCAGUAAGAUUCCGCGGUGGAAAGCCCGCUGCUGAUGUCAUAGAAACCGAACCUGAGUCCUCCAUGAUGCUUGAAUGCUAUCUACGCCUUAUUACUAAAUUGGCGAGCGAAAGCGAGGUUACAAGACACUUUCUGCUACUGAAUUCGGGCUAUAAUCUUGUCGACAUGCUAUUCGAGUUGGCCAGCAGCCCCAUACCUUCUCAGCUGCGUGGCUGCGUUUUCUUGGCUUUGAAGGCUCUAGUGAGCCGCAAGAGCCUUCAAGAAAACCAUGCAAUGUGGAGGUGUUUGGAGAAUUGGAUCUCGGGAGGGUAUGUCGUUGGUGCAACCGCCGCAGGUUCAAUACGAUUACAGCAGCCAACGCCAGUGGUAUCGAUGGACCGUAUUUUUGAUGAAAUGAGUAAUGGCUUCGAGGAUCCCGACUCUUUUAUCAAGCUCUUACUGGAACUCGUCACCCCAGCAAGCGACUCUAGUCCGCUGAACGAUGGCCUACCAUUCCCUGAAAAUCUGGGCGCCAGUUCCCGAGCACCCGGCAUUGAGGUUUACAUCGACUUCGUUAUUGGCCUUGUGUUUUCAUCCAAGAUCCAGGACCUUCAGGAUGUUCAUCAGACAAGAGUGCUGCGUCUUAGUUGCUUGGAGUUUAUUCUUGCCUGUCUAACGUCAUUCAAUGAAGAUCUGCUGGUUUUAGCAAACGAGACCAAUAUCGCCAUCGACUCUUUGGUCUCGACGACCGACUUGGCGACAUACGUCAGGAUGCAUCCUUUUGCACGAGUGAUGGAGUGGAUGUUCAAUGAUAAGGUUAUGACGGCGCUAUUCAAUACCAUUCAUCAAAAGUCUACCGACAUUGGAAACGCUACACCAGACUCACCACUUAUUUUGGGCGUGCUGCGUGCUGUUGAGGUCAUAUCCAAAGUCAUUGAUCUCGAAACAACCUAUCUCGACCUUGUCCGGCCACUGAUUAAGAACCAGUCGGGCCCACGCAGGCAACCUGUUGCAAAUGCCGCGUACGCUUCAUUCCAAGAUGGACUGGUGACCAGGUUAAAUCUAGUCGUUGACCUGGGAAAAUACUGCGGCAUAGGCCACCCUGACCUGACUCUGGCGUGCUUGAAGUUGCUGGAGAAGAUGUCAUCAUCAUCCAAAAUAACAGCUGCCUGGUCUGGAAGUAGUCGCCGUGCCCAUCGGAACAAGGCAAUUGUUGCCAUGGAAGCCAACGGAGAGCACGAAGCCAUAUCAAGAGCAUUCAUCGCCGAAGUAAUGGCGCCUCUUGAGGCAGGCAGCGGGGCAGAAUCGCCUCUCUACAUAACAAAGCUCUAUAUUCUGGAUUUCUUAUACCAAUGUCUUCGAACGACGCCAAAAGAGCCGACCAUUGCACACUUGCUACUUGGCUUUAAAUGCGGACUGGAUUCGGUUUCGGUAGAGGUAAACAGUGCAUUUGCGUCUCGCACCUCGCUGUUCCACAGUAUACUGGGUCUCUUGUUAGAGUCACCGUCCAGCGAUGCUCUUGGCAUGAGACAAUGGCUAAUUGCCAUCAAAUCUCGUGUGAUGCGCAUCUUAAAUAUCCUCUGGACCUCACCACUAUCAUCAAGAAUCGCCAUCCGAGAGCUCCGUGAGAAUGAGCUGCUCUUCCAUCUUCUUACGCGCGAGACUGUUAUUCAGCCGGAUUUGUUGUGGGAAGGCCAAAAUGUUGGAAAUCCGCAGUUUCCAAUGUCUGACGGAGCCGUCACACUGGUUGAGUUUCUGACGCUGCGAAGUAUGAGCUUGGAGUAUAUUGCCAUGGAACUCUGCAAGAUUGCUCAAUCACGCAUGCCCGGUGUUAAGAGACGCAUAUUCAAUGCUCUGAACGGCCAAAUUGUGGUGGAGAACAACGAGACGAUCCAGACUCCCACUGUAUUUGAUUUGUUUGACUUUCUCCUGCCAGAUGGGUUUUGGGAGAUUCCUCCUCCAUCGAUUCAAUUCUACAAGGAUUUGGAUCUUACUAGCUGCUUGGAGAAGGACGCCGACGCCAACCAGAUUUACAAUAUAGAUCGCGUUCGGGAGAUUCUCUUGCUGAAGAGAGGCGAAGCGCAACAGGGGACCGUCAUAGCCGUCAAUGAUAUGGCGCUCAUCGAAAAAGAAGAGGUAUCAAUAAUGGAGUAUCUCAUCUCGUGCGAUAGACAGAAGCAAAUUGGCUCACAUUGCCUCCGAGUCUUGCGAUCCUGGAUCAAGGUGCUGCUUGUCAUGGUAGAAUCCUGCGAUUACAAGGGCGCUGCGCAGACAUCAUUCUUCCUUCAAGCACUGCAAGCCAUUUUGCCAAGCUUGGAGAUCUUUGCCGCAGACCGUCCGAAUGAGGCUCUGGAGCUGGCCAAACUGGCGAGGGUGUUGCUAUUCAAGCUGGACCUUUCACCUCUCCAGACUGAAGACAAGAACAGCAGAGCCAUUGGUAACUUGGUUAGCGACAAGCUGUACCAGCUCUUCCAGACCUGUCUCCAGGCCAUUGGCAAGUGGGCAGGCUCACCCGAAUUAAGGUCAGUCUACUACGAGGUCUGCUACCGCUAUCUAGCUGGAAUGUCCGAGGAUCAUGGGCCAUUGGCUGCUAGCCGUCCGAAGACGUUUAAGACUGUGCAGGUAUAUGGUGAGCGACUUAUCAACGUUGUCUGCGAUGAUGCGUAUUGCGGAGAGCCGGCAUGCCAGACGUCUGCCCUCAUCUUCCUGGGCGCCUUGGUCCACAUGGAUAGCCAGGAACGAAAGAGCUAUGUUGUCGAAGCACUGAACAAGCUCAAUUUCAUCGGUAUCCUGAUUGACUCGUUGCGAAACAUUAUGCAAGAAUGGCAUGAUGUCUUUGUGUCCAACAACACGGACCAACAAAACUUCCAAAACGCCCGUCUCGCUAUCAUCCUCCAGCUGGCUCAAUCUCGCAUCGGUGCCAAGUACAUUCUUCACGGCAACCUCUUCCGCUCCCUCGAGAACUCUGGUCUCUUUGCUGCUGACCCUGAGCUGCAAAUCGAUGCGGCAAACCCUCGUGCCCUGGAGCAACAUUACGAUCUGCUAGCCAGGGUUGUCCGCAUCAUUGGCGCAGCCAUCCUAAGCCGCGGCAACAACAAUGUGACCCAGGGACGCAAGUUCCUUACAGACCACCGCAUGCUCGUGAGCCACGCUUUGAAGCGCAGCGCCGGCAUUGGUACGGGCAAUGAGGGCCAGGGCUUGGAGGAGAAGAUUGAAGAACUCGCAGAUGCCCUAGUGGUUGUUAUUGCCGCAACAAACUUCUUAGAGGUACGUCACGAUGAACUCUGA